GUUAGUAUGCCAGAAAUUAAGAUUAUAAUAUUUGAAACAUUUUUACAAAAAUUUGAAUCUGCCGUUUCAUUUUCAUUUCAUUUAACCAAUGAGUGAUGAUCGUCAUCACUAAAUAAAUUUCCAUUCAAGUUAUGGUCAUCUUUGAACUUAAGGGAUUGCCCUCCUCUUGUCUCCAAGGUAUCAAAAAUUACAUUUCUAUUGAAUAUAGCUGCCAUUUUGAAUGAGUGGUCAUGUAGAGGUAUACAGGUAGUUUGAAGAAACAAUAAGUGCCUUUUACAGGUAAAAUACAGGAAAUCAGUGUGGUAAAUCAAGUGUUAAUAUACUUUUUAUUGCUAUAUUGUAACUACGAGAUAAGUGAUUACAUGAAUCACUACAACUUAAACACAACUGUUAAAAAUAUUUACACAAAUGAAUUAAGCUCCAUAACUUAAAUGUAAUAAUUCUAGAGUAUUUCAAUAUUCACUAGCAGUAUGAAGCUUUCAAGUUGCAUAUUUUUCGCAUUUGUUUUUUUCCAACUAAAUUUUGUUUCUGGAAAACCUGCAAAGAAACCAAAACAUGCUCUUAUUACUAUACUUCUGGAUGGUUUCCGUAGCGAUUAUUUGAAAGUUGCUAGUGAGCAUGGGGUAACAAUGAAAGAUCUUAAAGGUUUUAAGCAUGUUUUGAAAAAUGGAGUAGAAGCAGAUUAUCUUCAACCAAUCUACCCAACAUUCUCAAUUCCAAAUCACUACACCCUCAUGACAGGUCUCUAUAGUGAGUCGCAUGGCAUGGUUGGGAACUAUAUGUUCGAUCCAAAACAUGAAACAUCCUUUCUGCUUUUAAAAAACCUUGAAUCAAGGGAAUCGUAUUGGUGGAAUGGGGGAGACCCAUUAUGGAUCACAGCUCAAAGACAGGGAAAGAGAUCAAGUUUGUUUCGCUGGGUAGGAUGUGAUGUUGAAAUCAAUGGGCUUAAACCUGAGUAUUGUAUCCCUUUUCCUACCAACUUUAUCCUACCAAGUCACAAAGAGAUGAAAGAUACUAUCAGUGAGGCUGUUCAGCAGAUAAAAAAUGGUACAGAUCAUACAGGAAUAUAUAUCCAGCUAAUAGAUAGUAUUGGACAUAUAUUUGGCCCAAAUUCUACAAACCUUAUUAAGGGGAUACAACAAGUGGAUGAACUUCUCACACUGCUCUUUAAGCAAUUAAAACAGCACAAGCUACACAAAACAACUGACAUCAUGAUAUUCUCUGAUCAUGGCUUUACACAGGUAUAUCCUCAUGGUGAUAAUAAGAAGGUGGUCUCCAUUGA